CACAUUUUCACUUUUGUAUCCGACCACACACUUUUGUAACUGAAGUUUGCAUCAAGAAAAGGGAUAAUUUAUUUGCAAACCCAGGAAAAGUAGUGCCCCGCAGAUUGGCAGCAUCAUGGGCUCCGUGUUGCCUGCAGAAGCGCUGGCACUGAAGGCUGGAUUUAAACAGCAGACUCUCGCCCUGUCUGACAUCAUUACAUCAGAUAUCCUGCACAGCUUCCUCUACGGCAGGUGGAGGAACGUACUCGGGGAACACCUUUUUGAGGAGAAGACCACCACCGUCAGCCCCAAGACGGCGUUUACGGCUGAGGUUCUUGCGCAGUCAUUUUCGGGAGAGGUGCAGAAGCUGUCCAGCCUCGUGUUGCCCAGCGAGGUCAUCAUUGCGCAGAGCUCCAUUCCUGGAGAGGGACUUGGUAUCUUCUCCAAGACGUGGAUCAAGGCAGGCACCGAGAUGGGCCCGUUCACUGGCAGAGUCAUCGCGCCUGAACACGUGGACCUCUUCAAGAACAACAACCUCAUGUGGGAAGUUUUCAAUGAGGAUGGGACAGUGCGCUACUUCAUCGACGCUAGUCAAGAGGAUCAACGCAGUUGGAUGACCUACAUUAAAUGCGCCCGUAACGAGCAAGAGCAGAACUUAGAAGUUGUGCAGAUCGGAAGCAGCAUAUUCUACAAAGCUGUCGAAACAAUACCGCCAGACCAGGAGUUACUGGUAUGGUAUGGGAAUUCUCACAACACAUUUUUGGGUAUUCCUGGAGUUCCUGGCAUAGAGGAGGAGCAUCAGAAAAAACAUAAGAAUGAAGACUUCCAUGUGUGUGACACAUCGGUGUCAGGUGUACCACUCGGUACGGCGGGUCGCAUGCGCUGCGUGAUCUGUCACCGCGGCUUCAACUCGCGCAGCAACCUGCGCUCGCACAUGCGCAUCCACACGCUGGACAAGCCGUUUGUGUGCCGCUUCUGCAACCGCCGCUUCAGCCAAUCGUCCACGCUGCGCAACCACGUGCGCCUGCACACGGGCGAGCGCCCCUAUAAGUGCCACGUGUGCCAGAGCGCCUACUCGCAGCUCGCCGGCCUGCGUGCGCACCAGAAAAGUGCCCGCCACCGGCCGCCCAGCACGGGGUCCGUGGUGGGGCUCCAGGCCCCCUCGCCACCUCCUCCCUCCCAGCCUCCUCAAAUGCCCCUCCCGGCCUCCCUGGUGCACCACAUACCCACCAUGGUGCUGUGAGCUGGCGAAGGCUUUCGGACAAGUGUUUUUUUCGGACGCCCAAGCACCCGGGGCGUAGGGUCUGAGUCUGCUGUGCACUUCGCCCUGACAGUGGAUGCUGCGUGCUUUGCCGCCAAGGCAACGUGUUUGAACACUCGGCAUGCUCGAAGGACCAGGAUCUGGACCUGAGCUGUGACAGAGCGGAAGCAAGCACCAGAGGGCCGAUUUGUAUGUUCAUGUUGAAUUAG